CCACUAGACAAUAAAACGUGCCAAACUGGUGUAAGCAGCAUGUCGACUUAAAAUGUCAGUGCCAUCCCAGCAGCUAUUCAGCCAGACGCACUGAAGUGGAUCCAGAGGACGCACCAGUUAACCAGACUCUGAUCCAGACAGACCUGCUGUGUUGGCUCCACUCAGUGGCCUCUGCUGGGAGGAAAAAAGGUCCUCCAUCCCUUCAAUUGUGUUGUUAUUGAACGGCGGAGGGAAAGCAGCGGGUCGAUAAGUGGAUCAGAUUUAUUAGCGGUCCAGAUUGGCUCCAUGCAGCACGCCAAAUGACAAGAGGAGCCACAGACUGUGGGGCUGCACACCGCGCAUUUCAUUUUAGGUUAGAGGAGCGCCAGACAGGCAGCGUGUCUACACAAGUCAAGUGGAAGGGAAACUGUCAGGAUGGAUCUGGUCAAACUUGCAGUGUCCCUCCACAUCCUGCUGUGUUCUGCAUGGGCUCGUCACUCUUCUUACAUGGACAGCAUCCUCUCAGCCAGCUCAGUUCUCAGGUUUCUGGAUGAGCCGUUGACAUUUGACCCCUGUUGUCUCAUGUCACCGCCACCGCCACCGCUCUACCCUCCGCCACCUCAGCUGUGGAAGCGGGGCAGCCCUGAUGGUAUUGGCGUGUUAGAGCCAAGUGUUUUUGGAGGAGAGGUACAGGAAAAACAAAAACCUGUGAUACCUGGGUGUUCACUUGGACCUCCAGGACCUCCAGGACCCCAGGGCCCAGAGGGUCAAGGUGGAUUACCCGGCAUAAAAGGACCAAGAGGGGAGAAGGGAGAAAUUGGACGUCCAGGGUCAAAGGGUCGUACAGGGGCUCCAGGCCUCCCAGGGAAACAAGGACUACCAGGAUGGCCUGGUCCAGAGGGACCAGAGGGUGAGAAAGGGGAUCCAGGACUCAUGGGAUUACCAGGACUGAGGGGACCACCAGGGACAAAGGGUUUGCCUGGUUACAAAGGAGAGAAGGGGCCUCAUGGUGACUCUGGAGCAGCAGGACCAAAAGGCGACAAGGGUACCAUUGGUUUGCCUGGGAUGCUCGGACAGAAGGGUGAGCAAGGACCAAAGGGAGAGCCAGGACUCGCGGGGAAGAGAGGACCUACUGGACGGCCCGGAAAGAGAGGCAAACAGGGCACGAAGGGCCAUAAUGGAACCCCAGGAGUCAUGGGCCCCCAAGGACCCCCGGGUCUAAACGGCCAUCCAGGGCCACCUGGUCCACCUGCCUCAGGUCUCUAUCUAGUAGGGGAAAAGGGUGAGGAGGGUCCUCCUGGUCCACCAGGUCGCUGUGACUGUGACUCCACUCUUGGAGCAAAUAAUGCUCCUUUUGGCAGCUACACUCAACGGGGUGGCGUCAAUAAAGUCCCUGCAAUAUUUGUGGUAAACAGUGAGGAGGAGAUGGACCGUCUACGUCUAGACAACGCAAUAGCAUUCAGGAAGGAUCUGAGGGUGCUCUACUUUAAAGAUAAAGAUGGAUGGAAGCCCAUACAGCCCUUCCAGCCAUUCCAGUCCACAGAGAAAGUCCCUGACAGAGUCGGUGUGUGUGGGGACGGAAAAGUGCAGCCCCAGCACGGAGAGGAGUGUGAUGAUGGGAACCAGAUUGUCACUGAUGCUUGUCUCAACUGUAAGUGGGCCUACUGCGGAGAUGGCUACCGACAUGAAGGCAUCGAGGAGUGUGAUGGAAAGGACUUCGGUUAUCAGACCUGCAAAUCCUAUCUUCCUGGGUCGUUUGGGCAGCUCAGAUGCACCGACUCUUGCCUCAUUGACUCCACUGGUUGCAAGUAUUUCACCUGAACUGGAGAGUGAAAAGAAAUGGCCAGAUUGCAAUUGUGCAAUUCCUCUUUCUGAUCGCGGGGAUUAAACCUCAGAUUUCUACUGAAGUCUCACUCCUUAAAAAAUAACUCAUGGACUGAGAGAGAGUACUAUAAAGGAAAGCUCUCGUGCCUGCUCUGAGCCAUGAAAAGUCAUGGGAGUCAGCUUUGAUCGACUGUCUCCCCUCGAGGUUUAAUUCUCCUGUUACUGUCACGCCAUCGGCUGCAGCACUGUUAUGGACACUGGCGAUGGUGCGGAACAUUUUAAUGAUUGUAUCAUAUGAAAUACUUACAAUGUGUAUGACUUGCUGACUGUUGAUGCAGAAAUAAGCUAAACUUCUUUUGUAAUAAUAAUAAGAGAGAGAAAAAAUAGCCUUUUCCAAAAAAAAGGCAAUUAUAUUAUUGAUACAAUAUAUAUUGUAGUAUGCAAAUCAGGGGUGUGUAAAUGUGUUUAUUCCUGUGCAAUGUAUUAGGAAACAUGUAUUUAUGAAGUGCAAUGCUGUGAUAUUGCAUGUAAAUGUGUACCAGUGCACAGUGGACUGCUUUAACCAGUAUGGCCCCAUGAAGUGAAUGUUCGAAUACCCGACAUGCAGGGAAGAUAACUAAUGUCAUAAUGCAACAAGAAAAAAACCUUCAGCAGCAUGAAGAAACUGCUCAGUUACAUCAAAAUGACGUAGUGACGAAGUGUGAUUAUUAGUGUAUAAUCUACCUGCAUGACUGUAAAGUUCAUAAAACACUGUACACUAAUAAAGAUUAGAAAAGGCC